AUGCCGUCCAAUUUGCGCCGGCUGGCUGCCGACCAUGCUGCCCUACACCGAGAUCUACCACCGUACUACCUGCAGCCAUCGGAAACCGAUGACCUGUCGCAACUGACUAUCCUCCUCACCGGACCCGCCGGCACACCUUUUGCGCAAGGAUUAUGGCAGCUGCAUCUCAAAAUGCCCAAGGACUACCCCCAGAGUCCUCCCAAGGCUACUUUCAAGACCAAGAUAUGGCAUCCCAAUAUGGAAGAACUUACAGGUGCUGUCUGUGUGGAUACACUGAAGCGGGAUUGGAAGCCCACACUCACCCUUCGCGAUGUUCUGGUGACAAUUUCAUGUCUUCUUAUCUAUCCCAACCCUGACUCCGCGCUCAAUGCCUCCGCCGGGGCUCUCAUGCAAGAAAAUUACGCCGCCUUCGCACACCAAGCCAAGCUUAUGACAUCUAUCCAUGCCCCAAUCCCACCCCACCUGAAGAGUGCGGUGACCGAAGCAAAGCUCCGGGGCGAGGAUGCUGGAACAACGUUAGAAGAAGAAAAGGAAGAGGACAUAGCUACUCGACACAAGCGGAAACAACCACGUACCCACACCGUUCACACUCGCAAACAAACUCCGUCAGAAGAUCCAUCACCAUCUUCCUCAAACCUCUCUGAUCAGUCCUGCCCCUCAAUGACGGACGACGCCAUGAGCGACGGCGAAAACGACGCUGCCGCUAGCGCAAGCAAAGAGAACGAUCCUUCACAUGCCCCCUCUCCCGUCUACCUCCCGCCCCCAAGUCCGCGCAAAACCGCCUUGGGAAAGCGCCCGCUCUCCGUCCUCUCAAUCUCUUACCCCGAAGACAACGAUGUUGACAUGAUGCUUGUCGACCGAGACUCCGAUAAUGAAACUUCCACCAUGACCUCCAACGAACAAAACAUCAGCGCCAACACACGAUCCCGUACAACAUCACCACUACGCAAAACCCCCAAACUCUCCCUUCUCUGCGGAGGAGUCAACGCUUCAGGUCGUCUCCGCGAUGAGAUGCCUAUAUUCGAGGACCUCCCUCAGUUCCCCGUGCAAGACCCUCUACGCCGAAUGAGCGGCGACGGCAAAGAAAACCGUGGAUCUGCAACAGCACGCGGCUUGAAAGAGAAGCACGAUCUUUCCUCCAUGAAGAUGCUCAACAGCCCUGCCCCCAUGUCCCCGACACAUUCCCAUCUCCCCCGGCCAGCGCUCUCAUCCCUUUCUGGCUUGUCCACCUCCAAAAUCUCCAAGAAAAAAUCAACUGGCGGCCUGCACAAGCGACUUGCCGUGAGAUCAAAGCCGCGGAUUGGUAUCCGCCGGCUAUGA